AUAAGCAGUGAGUGAGUGCAUCAACCUUCGAUCAGCUAUAUCCUCCAUCGAUCUGGUCAUGGCAGCAGCAAUGCUCCCGAGGCUCGUUGCCGUGGCGGCGCUGGUCGCGCUGAUGUGCGCCGUCGCUGCCGCCCAGAAGGUACCUGCCGUCGGCGGUGCGCCGACGUGCGGCGUUGCCGAUCAGAACGUCGUGAAUGCGUGCUUCCAGAGCUUCGGAAAAGGUAAGAAAACUGCCGCUGGGACUGCGCCGGGUAGGGAGUCAGUGGACUGCUGCGUAGCCUUUAAAGACCACUCGUGCCUCUGUGAGAUGAAGAAGGCGUUGAAGGCUCAGGGCAAAACUGCCCAGGAUAAUGUGGAUUGCGUCAGGGAAAAGAAGGACUGCAAGUGAGCGCCGCGCGGGAGGUCUCGUCGGGCAUGCAAGAUAUUUAGUUCGUUGGAUAUGUGUGUUUCUUGCAUGUUGGUUUCAAGCGGUUGAUGUCCACCUGCUCCUUGCUUGCUUUUUUUUUUUUUUUGCUUGUGUGUGUCAUGUGAGUGUGUUAUGUUUUUCUACGUAUGAGAGCGUCAGUUGAGUCUUUUUAGUUUGUACCAAUCAGGAAUAAAUGUGGGUGGAAUUUCUCGCUUCA